CUCGCCCAAGCGUACUUCCGGUUCCGUCCCUGGCUUCCGGUGCUGCCACUCCGCGGGUCGUGAAGGUUUUUUUUGUAAACAUGGCGUUUACCCUGAAGGUUUUCCGGGGCGGCCGUGUCCGCGCAGCUGUCGCUCGCUGUGGGUUUGCUACCCGGGGGGUGACCAUCCCGGGCCCUAUCAGCCGAGAACCGGAUCCCGAUUUCGACUGGGAACCGGAGGAGCGAGAACUGCAGGAGGUGGAGAGCACCCUGAAACGACAGAAAAAAGCCAUUCGGUUCCAGAAAAUUCGGAGGCAAAUGGAGGCGUCAGGUGCCCCGCCCAGGACCCUGACGUGGGAAGCCAUGGAGCAGAUCCGGUAUUUACACAGGGAAUUUGCAGAGUCUUGGUCAGUUCCCAGAUUGGCUGAAGGCUUUGAUGUCAGCACUGAUGUGAUCCGAAGGGUUUUAAAAAGCAAGUUCGUACCCACAUUGGAACAGAAACUAAAGCAGGAUCAAAAAGUCCGUAAGAAAAUUGGACUUGGCCGUUUGCUCCCGGAGCUCCCAGGCCCUGGAGAUUCCUCCAAACCACUUUCUGCAGGCCUGUCUGUAUCAGGUUCUUUGCUGAUGCCUGGGGAUGAAGCCUCAUCCAAAGGCGAUGGUCACAGCACAGCUUUGAAAGUGAUUGAAUUGAACACUCAGAGUACAAAUAUACCAACGAGACAGAAGGAAAGGAAUAAAGGAGUCCAGGGCCUGGAGGAGGAGAAGAACUUUGUGCCUGUUGCUGCAGGUCACCUUACUGGCACUUGUAGGGGCACCAGAGGAAUUGACAGUGAUGGAUUACCCAGUGACAAGAAGCUGGAAGAGCUGAAGGCAGGGGAGGCAGGUGACCAGAUCUUCAGCAACAGAGUCGUGCAGAGGGGACGAGAGUUCUUUGACAGUAAUGGGAACUUCCUGUACAGAAUCUGAGCCGGGGAUGUGCCACGUGACACACAGCCGGGCGAGUAUAUUUGGUUCUGCCUGGAUUUCUGUGUACGGAUUUCCACCUUGGAAGUGAGGGGGAACGAUGAGCCUGGAAUGUGGGAUGACAGGUUUGAACCUGACAAAGGGCAGAUGACUUCACAGGGCAGAUGUGUCUGGGAGCAGAGCAGUGAUCCACCAGGUAGAGUGUAGCCUCCUGGAGCACAGCCCCUGCUCUGACCCACAGCCAUCUGCAGAUUUCACCCUUCUCCCUUGGGCUGUCUGUGUGUUGAAAAACCUGUAUUGCAUGUGUUGUUACAAGUUUCUGUGAUACUUGCAGUAUAUUUGGGAAGAGAUUAAGUUUGUCUUCUCACCUCAUUUACUUCUUGAUUAAUGAACACUUAACAGUUCUGGAACUGCUUAGUCAAUUGGUUGUCCUCAUUGUGUGCAAAAUAAAGCAAAAUGAAGCA